AUGGAAAGACAAGUCGAUAUCAUCGAUCAAAUUUUUGCGAACAUUGAUUACCUUAACGAUGCUAUGUGUUUGCCAUUAAUUGAACUAACAAACAGAUUAGGAACAGCAAGUCAAAAAGAGCCACAAUUAACAGAUGAUGAUUAUAAAAAAUAUGCUAAAGAUAUUAUUGGAAUAUCAAAAGGAUUGGAUGGAUUAAUUGAUAUAUUACCACCUUCAGAAAUUGAUACAGAGAAGAAUAAUGAUAAGAUAAAAGAACUUACUGAAAGAAAUACAAUAAUUGAUGCAAAAUUAAAAGAAAUCUUAAAAGAAAGUGAUGAGUGUCUAUCUCAUCUUUACAGUCUUGAUAAUGCAGUGAAACAAGAAGUUAUUUAUUCUAAAAAAUAA